AAGGUGUCCAAACUGACAAUGCUGGAGAGAUAGCGCGUUUGGAUUGAGAAGUAGAAGAAGAAGAAGAAGUAGAAGAAGAAGAAGAAGAAGAAGGGGGGUAAAAAAAAAAGGACAGAAGAAAAAGUGAAGAGAGAGUCCGACGCGAGCGACGCCGUGAAGACGUCCAGGCAGCAUGAGGUCCAAGAGCAGGGCGAGGAAGCUGACCACCGGUGAUGAAGGUGACUUCCCACUUUUCCCCUCUGAUGUCCUGGAGGAAGCCGGGAGAGCGUCCGACGGAGACCCCAUCCCAUUAAUCACCUCUAACAGCGUCCACUCAUCGAGUGUACUAUGCGAAAGAAGCUCCCCAGUGGACUCUUCUUGCUUCACCACCUCCUUCCACACACCCGUGUACCUGGACGAUGAGGAGGCAGCGCCAUCUUUGCCCCCAGACUUCGAGCUGCGUAAGUCGAGCGUUUCAGCUGGCAGCCUGGGCAUCUGGAGCAAGAGGAGCCUGGAGGUCGGGGAGGAGUUCGGACCCUUUGAGGGAAGUCAUCGUCGACAGGGCUGUGAGGAGGCUGGACUCGAUGGCCGUGUGUCUGAUAGCACAAGCUGGCUAAGACACGUCCAGAUAUCGCCGUCUCCCCACCAGUACAACCUCACAGCUUUUCCAAUACAUGACCAGAUAUUCUACCGUGUGGUGCGCAAAGUUUCUCCGGGUGAAGAACUCGUACUGUUCAUGAAGGCUGAAGAGUUUUCAUGUGAAGCCAUGGCUCCAGAUAUACACGAGGAGCGUCAGUUCCGCUGUGAGGACUGCGAGCAGCUUUUCCCAUCAGGCUCAGAGCUGCUGGAGCAUCAGAACAACUCGUGUUCCAACCGGCCCUCGUCCGGCUUCACGCUGCCCGAGCAGGCCAUCGCGAGUGCCACCGACGAGUGUAAAGAAUGCCAGAGAGUGUUUCCGGAUAGUCAGAGUCUGGAGGCACACUCUCUCUCCCACUCGGAAGAGAGGGAGUACAAAUGUGACCAGUGCCCGAAGGCCUUCAACUGGAAGUCCAACCUGAUUCGCCACCAGAUGUCACAUGACAGCGGCAAGCACUAUGAAUGUGAAAACUGCUCCAAGCAGGUGUUUACAGACCCAAGUAACUUGCAGAGGCACAUCCGCUCGCAGCACGUUGGUGCACGGGCACACGCCUGCCCCGACUGCGGCAAAACCUUCGCCACGUCGUCCGGCCUCAAGCAGCACAAACACAUCCACUCGUCCGUCAAGCCCUUCAUGUGUAAGUCUCUCACCCCCUUCAUAUGCGAGGUAUGCCACAAGUCCUACACCCAGUUCUCAAACCUGUGCAGGCACAAGCGCAUGCAUGCUGACUGUCGGACUCAGAUCAAGUGCAAAGACUGUGGCCAGAUGUUUAGCACCACUUCUUCCCUCAACAAACACCGCCGCUUCUGCGAAGGCAAAAACCAUUUUGCUGCUGCCGCAGGAGGGCUCUUUGGCCCUGGCAUGGCUCUUCCUGGCACUCCUGGAAUGGACAAGUCCGCUCUAGGACUGGGGCCAGGCUCCGGUGGUUUGGCAGAUUAUUUUGGUCCAAAUCGGCACCAUGGCGGACUAACGUUUCCAGCAGCUCCUGCAGCAUUCCCCUUCAGUUUUCCAGGACUCUUCCCAUCUGGACUGUACCAUCGGCCACCCCUCAUCCCUGCCACAACUCCCAUAAAAAGCCCACCAGCCUUGGAUUUCCAGAAGAGUCCACCAUUAUCCUCGCCUGUGCCUGGGAUGCAAGAGUCCCAGGACCUCCUGAUGAGCCUCCGAAAGCACUCGAUCAAUGGGGAAGGAACAGAAAAUGGGCCAGAGCACCUAAUAGAGGGCUCCGCCACCAAGGCGAGACAAGGCAUCAAGACAAGUGACCAUUCAGAGAGUAGUGACCUGGAUGAUGUUAGCACACCAAGUGGAAGUGAGCUAGAGAGUACUUCCGGGUCAGAACUGGACAGCGAUGCUGAGAGUGACCGGGAUCAAGAAAGGGAUCGGGAAAAUGGGAAAGGACCAAAGAGGAGAUCCAGUAGUCCUACCAUGGGGCAAAGCCCCGCCCGUGGCAGCUCUAACAAUGGCAGUGCUGGCAACAUAAACGGAACCGAUGUGCCACCGCAAGGACUUUUUUCUCCCACUGCGGAUGAGCAUACCGCUGUUUCUGGAGCCGUCAAUGAUUCCAUCAAGGCCAUUGCAUCUAUUGCGGAGAAAUACUUUGGCUCCACAGGACUUGCAGGGCUGCACAAUAAAAAAGGGGACCCAUUGGGAUACCCUGCCAUGUUUCCUCUCCCCUUCUUUCCUGCCUUCUCUCCCCCAGUCUACCCCUUCCAUGAGAGGGAGCAUCUUCGACCUCGAGGCAUCAAAGGAGAGCCAGAGAGUCCAUUGCAAGAAAGCAAGAAGCCACAAGGCAGUACUGCUGAAUCUCCCUUCGACCUCACUACCAAGCGCAAAGAGGAGUGCCUAGCGCAGACCUUUGCCACCUCAAAGCUGGAGGUGCCUCAUAUACUCUCGGCCAACCAGGACCAACCACUGGACCUGAGUUUGGGUGGGCGGAGCCGGAGCACACGCCUAAAAUCAGGGGAGUCACGGAAGAACCACAUAAUUGGAGAGGACAGAAUUGAGACAGAGCCUCCAAAAGCAGACUCCACUAUCCAGCACGCAAGACCCACCCCAUUCUUUAUGGACCCAAUCUACAGCAGGGUUGAGAAGAGAAAAGCGACGGAUCCGUUUGAGGCGCUGAAAGAAAAGUAUAUGCGUCCCACACCAGGCUUCCUCUUCCACCCACAGCUCCGCAUGCCUGAUCAGAGGACCUGGAUGUCGGCGAUAGAAAACAUGGCGGAGAAGUUGGAAGCGUUCGGCCCGUUGAAGUCAGACGCCACUGACAUCAUGCGCUCGGUUCCCUCCAUGUUUGAUUUCCGAGCUCCAGCUACGACGCUGCCCGAAACACUGCUGCGUAAGGGGAAGGAACGCUACACCUGCAGAUACUGCGGCAAAAUAUUCCCACGCUCAGCUAACCUCACACGGCAUCUCAGAACACACACAGGGGAGCAGCCGUACAGGUGUAAGUAUUGCGAUCGUUCGUUCAGUAUCUCGUCAAAUCUGCAGCGCCACAUCAGGAACAUCCACAACAAAGAGAAACCGUUCAAAUGCCACUUGUGUGACCGCUGCUUUGGCCAACAGACCAACCUGGACCGGCACCUCAAAAAACACGAGAACGGUAAUCUGUCAGGCACGGCAAUGUCGUCGCCGCAGUCGGAGCUGGACAGCAGCAGCGCCAUUCUGGAUGAUAAAGAGGACUCGUACUUCAACGAAAUUCGCAACUUCAUCAGCAGCAGCGGCCAGAGCGCUGGCUCACCUCCACACUCCGAUGAAGGUUUAAACAGCGGCCAUUUCGAGGAUGACAAAGCCGUCACUGAUCCAAGGUCACAUGACCUGGAUGAGGAGGAAGGGGAGGAGCCAGGAGUGGAGGAAGAGGAAGCAGAGCUUUGUGACGCCAACAAACCUGCCAACAAAGUGGCGUCUAGCAACCUAGUCGACGACAUCGCCAAUGACAUCAACGAUGACAUCAAUGACGAGCUGGACUACGACGGCGCACCCGAUGGACUGCUGGACUGCAAAUCUUCACCACAGAGGUUUGACGAGGAUGACGAGGAUGAAGAGCACGGUGGAUUCCCUGCGCUGGAUCACAUCCGCCACUUCACCGCAGAAGAGGCGGAGCUCAGUGACAGUGAUGUCACAGGAUUUGACUCCGCCCACCUGCCCGAGGCUGUGAAGCAGCCACUGUACAGGAAGUCCAAGUCACAGGCUUAUGCCAUGAUGUUAUCUCUGGCAGAUAAAGACCCCCUGCCCCCUUCCUCUCACGCUGCCUCGGUGUGGCACACACUCGGACGCGCAGCCGAGUCCAACGCCAUCCAGUCCCUCAGUCACGUAUGAUGUCCUUCACAUCUGACCUCUGUGACCUCUAACUCCAACCACAGGCACUCAGACCAAACUCGGCCUGGAUCAUGCACAGCCCAUACACUGCUGAGUAGAGAGCUUUGUUCUUCUGAAAACACUAAUGUCAGGGUCCAUGGAGUGUAUACACACACAGAGACACACACACACACACACACACACACACGGUAUCCAAUAACACUAGUCAUUUCCUAAUCUGACAUUACACAUUAGAUUGAUUUUAUUCCAAUGAAUGAUUUUUUAAUGAUGGUGAUUUACAAUAUAAGACAAAUGUCUCGAUGAUGAUGAUGAUGAUGAUGAAAGUCAUGCAGAUAGUAGUAAUAAAAAUUGUAUUUAUUCUGUCCAGUUUCUAUGUUUUGCACAGCAACGGCAGCUCAUAAACAGGGGAAAGCUUCAUUAAAGUGUAACACUAUGAUAUUACGAUAUAUUGCAAUAUUUUCCUUUCCGUUGAGUCGCUUAAGGGGCCCUUGAGAGUCUUCCAUAUUAAAAAAGAAAGAAGAAAAACAUUUCACACAGACACACACACACACACACACACACUCACAGAUCGUCAGUCCAUGUUUUGUGUGCGUGAUUGUCAUUUAACAUUGGUCGUAUUCGAUACGUUUUUAUUAUUAUUAUUAUUUUUUAUUAUUAGAUUUGUUUAAUGUAACACACAUCAGCAUCCAAAUCGUAUUAUAAAGCUUGUCUCGCUCUCUCUCUCUCUCACACACACACACACACACACACAAACACACACACACACACAGUUACUGAUGACAUUCCCUUUAAACCAGAAUAAUCUACAACAACCUUUUUAAAAGGGCAGGAUACAACAACGACUGGCGUGUAAAUUAAUUGUAAUAUAUAUAUAUAUAUUAAAAAAUUGGAAUCAUAACAGGUCACAUGGAGGCACUCGUAGAAAAUGAAAUAAAUAAAAAUACAAAAAAAGACGUAAAGAGGACGGUGGGUGUGGGGACUGUUCUCCGAUUCUGUCAAUAAAAGCACUGCAUCUUUAACCUGGUCUCCGCCCAGUCUCUCUGCGCUGUCCAAUGACAGCCGAGACGCAUUUUCUUUAAAAAAAAAAAAAAAAAAUUAAAAAAACAGGUUUUUUUUUUCUUUGGAGAGAGGUUGUAAAAAUAAAUAAUUUUGUUUGUUUUUCUAAACAGAGAAAACCUGUAAAAGUACUGAAGUUUGUAGAAGGAGCUUCUACCGUAGUGUUGUUCUUUAACAGACCGACGUUACCACUACACAGCCUGUGCGCUAGUAGCUAGCUAUUCCAUUCUCGUGUGUUUCAUUUCUAGACAAUCAUGAGUUCGUUGUUUGUUUCAUGGGUUUUUUUUUUUUUGUCUUUCUUCUACUCUCGUUGACGUUAUUGCUGUGUAUGUUGAAAGGUGUAUUUAUUUCCGUAGUUCGUUUACUGAAUAGCACUGCUCUUGAGCUCCCCCUUGUGGUGAAGUGGGAGAACACAAGUUAUGUCUGCGUGCCAGAUAGUAUUAAACCUUCAUCACGUCUUAUACUUCUAAUGAAACUGGUCUAUAUAUAGUUAUUACUUAGGGUUUUUUUUUUUUUUUUUUGGAUGACAUUUAUUAAUUCAAGUGUAAAAUAUUAAAAAUGGGGUAAAAAAAAAAUAAGGAGAGCUUAAAAAUCAAAGUUAUUUCUUCAUAAAAAAAAAAACGCAUGACUGGUCUGGCUUAGAAUUGUAACUUUUUUCUACAGUUGUGUGCAAGCUUGUGUGAUGUUUGGGUCCCUAUUGAGUCGUCGUGCCAAACUCUAUGAUUAAAAAAAAACAGACUUUAUUUGUUUGUCUUCACAUGUUGAAGGACCAGAUUUUUUUUUUUGUUGUUGGUUUGUUUGUUGUCAUUGUUUAUAAUUCCAUUUUUAACGUAAUUGGCAAGUCGAGGUACUUUUGUUCUGAUGCUUUCUACAAUGUAACUGUAAUGCAUUUCAAUUGAGUAAUGUGGGAGGAGCAACUAAGAAAUAAAGGACUCCAGUGUAGACUUGUGCACUC